CUUCUUAAGACUAGUAGCGGUGGAAAACCACAUCAAGUCGACGGAGAGUCCCCGUCUUAUUGCGACGGCGACGGCGAUCAAGGCUUCUAUUCCUCUGCUGUCGAGCUAGAACUUGUCCGCUAUUCAACAGCAGUGAAACAUCUCCGAGCAGCGGCGUGGACAUUUAUCAUCUACUUUUGCAGAGUUGCUUGAAUUAGGGAACAGUAAAAUGGGUAAGAAGUCUCCAAAUACAGCAGCCAAAUCAAGUGUAUCAACUAGUCAACAGUCUACCAUUGGUGGUAACCAGAAGAAUGGUGGUAUGAGGAGCCAAAAGAGAUCAGCAUAUUCAAUGUUGGCUCUAUUCAUUCUUGUCAUAAAUGGCUCUUGGGCUGUUUAUCAUUACCAAUAUGAGAUCAUGCCUGCACCGCUUACUAUUGAGCAGGCAGGGAAGAGGGGUUUUUCUGAGAUGGAAGCCAUGAAGCAUGUUAAGGCACUGACUGAUUUGGGCCCGCAUCCUGUUGGUUCUGAUGCUCUUGAUCUCGCUCUGCAGUAUGUCUUGGCCGCAGCAGAGAACAUAAAGAAGAUGGCUCAUUGGGAAGUUGAUGUUCAAGUUGAUUAUUUUCAUGCAAAAUCUGGUGCUAACCGUUUGGUGGGUGGUCUCUUUAAGGGAAAAACACUCGUUUAUUCAGAUCUGAAGCACAUUGUUUUGAGAGUACUACCUAAAUAUGCAUCUGAAGCAGAGGAAAAUGCUAUUCUGGUCUCCUCCCAUAUUGAUACCGUUUUCUCGACUGGGGGAGCUGGAGAUUGUAGUUCAUGCGUUGCUGUUAUGUUGGAGAUUGCUAGAGGUAUCUCAAACCAGGCUCAUGGAUUCAGAAACUCUGUCAUAUUUUUGUUUAAUACCGGCGAGGAGGAGGGAUUAAAUGGUGCUCACAGUUUCAUAACUCAGCAUCCUUGGAGCGAUUCAAUACGCGUGGCUGUAGAUUUGGAGGCAAUGGGUAUUGGGGGGAAAUCUGGCAUAUUUCAGGCUGGUCCUCAUCCUUGGGCAGUUGAGAAUUUUGCAAUGGUGGCCAAGUAUCCAUCCGCUCAAAUCACCGCACAGGAUCUUUUUUCUUCUGGAGUCAUAAAGUCAGCAACAGAUUUCCAAGUGUACAAGGAACUUGCAGGACUUUCAGGCCUUGAUUUUGCAUAUUCAGAUAAUACUGCUGUAUACCACACAAAGAAUGACAAAUUAGAACUUUUGAAAGCCGGGUCGCUUCAGCAUCUUGGAGAAAACAUGCUUGCUUUCUUGAAUCAUGCAGCUGCUUCCCCUGAUUUUCCUAAAGCUGAUGCAAUUGGAGCAGACUCAAAAAUUGACCAGGAUUCUGCUGUUUUUUUCGACAUUCUGGGGACCUAUAUGGUUGUAUUUUAUCAGAGUCUUGCCAGAAUCCUAUAUAAUUCAGUGAUCCUGCAAUCACUUCUGUUAUGGUCUAUGUCACUGUUUCUUGGAGGCUACACAUCUGUUAUUUCUUUCGCAUUGUCAUGUAUGAGUAUUAUCCUUAUGUGGAUAUUUUCGCUGAGUUUCUCCUGUAUUGUUGCCUUUGUUUUGCCAAUCAUUUCUUCAUCGCCAGUGCCAUUUGUGUCUUCUCCAUGGCUAGUGGUUGGCCUCUUUGCUGCCCCCGCUCUUGUUGGUGCAUUGUUGGGCCAGCAUUUGGGUUAUCUGACUCUUAAGAAGUUUCUAUUACGAGUGUCAUCUCAAAUGAAGGAGAGUGUAUCUCCUGUUGUUCAAGCAGAAUUAUCCAUGUUGAAUGCAGAAAGAUGGCUUUUUAAAGGUGGAACGGUCCAGUGGCUUUUUCUUCUGGUUGUAGGAAACUAUUAUAAAUUUGGUUCUUCAUAUUUGCCUCUUGUUUGGUUAGUCUCACCUGCAAUUGCAUAUGGCUUCCUAGAAGCAACUUUAGCUCCUGCUCGUGUACCAAAGCCACUCAAAAGUCUUACUUUGCUUAUGGGGUUAUCUUUUCCUUUCUUAAUCUCUGCUGGGAGCUUUAUCCGGUUGGUAGGCACAAUUAUUGGCAUUACUGUUCGAUUGGACAGGAAUCCUGGCGACACCCCUGAGUGGCUGGGAAAUUUGAUAAUUGCUGCAUACAUUUCCAUAAUAACAUGCUUAACAUUGGUUUAUCUCCUUUCAUAUGUUCAUUAUUCAGGCGCAAAACCAAUGAUUAUAUUUUCAAGUUGUAUUUUGUUUGGACUAUCACUUUCAGCAGUGUUAUCUGGUGUUGUCCCUCCAUUCAGUGAAGAUACUGCUAGAGCCGUAAAUGUUGUUCAUGUUGUGGAUACAAAUGGAGCAUACAACGGAAAGCAAGAUCCUAGCUCAUAUAUUUCUCUGUUCUCAAAUACUCCUGGAAAAUUGAUCAAAGAGGCUGAACAUCUGGACGGAUUUGUUUGCGGUAGAGAAAAGGUCACUGAUUUUGUUACGUUUUCAGUAAAAUACGGUUGUUGGGCAGAAGACAAUACUCAAAAUGGGUGGAGCACAUCCGAUGUUCCUUCUCUUCAUGUAAAGGAUGACACAGAGGGUGUUGACAGAAUUACCUCCAUUUCAAUUGAUACAAAAGCUUCCAGACGUUGGUCUCUUGCCAUCAACACUGGGAAAAUAGAAGACUUCAAGCUAAAAGGCACUGAUAAUACCAGAGAAGAUUACUCUGAAGAAUUGGUUUCCUUUGGUGAAAAGAGCAGCGUUGAUGGAUGGCACAUUAUCCAGUUUUCUGGAGGGAAAAGUGCGGCUACAAACUUUGAUUUGACACUCAUCUGGGUCAGAAAUCAUACCCGGUCUAAUGAAGAAAAAGAGGACAAUUUACUCUUAAAGCUGAGAACCGAUGUAGGGAUACUCACGCCACAAGUAAAAAAGGUUUUCGAAAAGCUUCCUGCUUGGUGUUCGGAAUUUGGAAAGUCGACCUCUCCAUACAAUAUGGCUUUCUUAACCAGUCUCCCUGUGAAAUUUUCUAAUUAAUAAACUGCCAGUCUUAAUCUAAACCCAAACAGAUUAUUUUAUUAGUUUUACAGGAAUAAAUGUUUUAUUUUUCUU